AUGGAAAAGGCAGAGAAAGAAGUUUGUGGCUCUACAUCUGCAAAGCUACAUCUGCAAGGCUACAUCUGCAAAGCUACAUCUGCAAAGCUACAUCUGCAAGGCUACAUCUGCAAAGCUACAUCUGCAAGGCUACAUCUGCAAGGCUACAUCUGCAAAGCUACAUCUGCAAAGCUACAUCUGCAAAGCUACAUCUGCAAAGCUACAUCUGCAAGGCUACAUCUGCAAAGCUACAUCUGCAAGGCUACAUCUGCAAAGCUACAUCUGCAAAGCUACAUCUGCAAAGCUACAUCUGCAAAGCUACUCUGCAAAGCUACAUCUGCAAAGCUACAUCUGCAAAGCUACAUCUGCAAAGCUACAUCUGCAAAGCUACAUCUGCAAAGCUACAUCUGCAAAGCUACAUCUGCAAAGCUACAUCUGCAAAGCUACAUCAUCUGCAAAGCUACAUCUGCAAAGCUACAUCUGCAAAGCUACAUCUGCAAAGCUACAUCUGCAAAGCUACAUCUGCAAAGCUACAUCUGCAAAGCUACAUCUGCAAAGCUACAUCUGCAAAGCUACAUCUGCAAAGCUACAUCUGCAAAGCUACAUCUGCAAAGCUACAUCUGCAAAGCUACAUCUGCAAAGCUACAUCUGCAAAGCUACAUCUGCAAAGCUACAUCUGCAAAGCUACAUCUGCAAAGCUACAUCUGCAAAGCUACAUCUGCAAAGCUACAUCUGCAAAAAGCUACAUCUGCAAAGCUACAUCUGCAAAGCUACAUCUGCAAAGCUACAUCUGCAAAGCUACAUCUGCAAAGCUACAUCUGCAAAGCUACAUCUGCAAAGCUACAUCUGCAAAGCUACAUCUGCAAAGCUACAUCUGCAAAGCUACAUCUGCAAAGCUACAUCUGCAAAGCUACAUCUGCAAAGCUACAUCUGCAAGGCUACAUCUGCAAAGCUACAUCUGCAAGCUACAUCUGCAAAGCUACAUCUGCAAAGCUACAUCUGCAAAGCUACAUCUGCAAAGCUACAUCUGCAAAGCUACAUCUGCAAAGCUACAUCUGCAAAGCUACAUCUGCAAAGCUACAUCUGCAAAGCUACAUCUGCAAAGCUACAUCUGCAAAGCUACAUCUGCAAAGCUACAUCUGCAAAGCUACAUCUGCAAAGCUACAUCUGCAAAGCUACAUCUGCAAAGCUACAUCUGCAAAGCUACAUCUGCAAAGCUACAUCUGCAAAGCUACAUCUGCAAAGCUACAUCUGCAAAGCUACAUCUGCAAGUACAUCUGCAAAGCUACAUCUGCAAAGCUACAUCUGCAAAGCUACAUCUGCAAAGCUACAUCUGCAAAGCUACAUCUGCAAAGCUACAUCUGCAAAGCUACAUCUGCAAAGCUACAUCUGCAAAGCUACAUCUGCAAAGCUGUUGAGGACUGUGUAGAAUCUGAAAACAUGUUUUUGUUCCAGCUUUUCAGACCAGUUUGUUCUUCUGUUUUAUCCAAUCACUCGUGUUCCGUUCAUUUGGAUCCACUCGACGCUCGGCUGCGAGACCCCGGAGACACUGGUUGGACUGGGAGAAGGAGACAGUGGAGAGAGAGUCACUGGUCGGACUGGGAGAAGGAGACAGUGGAGAGAGAGUCACUGGUCGGACUGGGAGAAGGAGACAGUGGAGAGAGAGUCACUGGUUGGACUGGGAGAGAGAGACAGUGGAGAGAGAGUCACUGGUCGGACUGGGAGAAGGAGACAGUGGAGAGAGAUACUGGUCGGACUGGGAGAUGGAGACAGUGGAGAGAGAUACUGGUCGGACUGGGAGAAGGAGACAGUGGAGAGAGAGUCACUGGUCGGACUGGGAGAAGGAGACAGUGGAGAGAGAGUCACUGGUCGGACUGGGAGAGGGAGACAGUGGAGAGAGAGUCACUGGUCGGACUGGGAGAAGGAGACAGUGGAGAGAGUCACUGGUCGGACUGGGAGAAGGAGACAGUGGAGAGAGAGUCACUGGUUGGACUGGGAGAGGGAGACAGUGGAGAGAGAGUCACUGGUCGGACUGGGAGAAGGAGACAGUGGAGAGAAAGUCACUGGUCGGACUGGGAGAGGGAGACAGUGGAGAGAAAGUCACUGGUCGGACUGGGAGAGGGAGACAGUGGAGAGAGAGUCACUGGUCGGACUGGGAGAGGGAGACAGUGGAGAGAAAGUCACUGGUCGGACUGGGAGAAGGAGACAGUGGAGAGAGAGUCACUGGUCGGACUGGGAGAAGGAGACAGUGGAGAGAGAGUCACUGGUUGGACUGGGAGAGGGAGACAGUGGAGAGAGAGUCACUGGUCGGACUGGGAGAGGGAGACAGUGGAGAGAGAGUCACUGGUCGGACUGGGAGAAGGAGACAGUGGAGAGAGAUACUGGUCGGACUGGGAGAUGGAGACAGUGGAGAGAGAUACUGGUCGGACUGGGAGAAGGAGACAGUGGAGAGAGAUACUGGUCGGACUGGGAGAAGGAGACAGUGGAGAGAGACACUGGUCGGACUGGGAGAAGGAGACAGUGGAGAGAGAUACUGGUCGGACUGGGAGAGGGAGACAGUGGAGAGAGUCACUGGUUGGACUGGGAGAGGGAGACAGUGGAGAGAGACACUGGUCGGACUGGGAGAGGGAGACAGUGGAGAGAGAGUCACUGGUCGGACUGGGAGAGGGAGACAGUGGAGAGAAAGUCACUGGUCGGACUGGGAGAAGGAGACAGUGGAGAGAGAGUCACUGGUCGGACUGGGAGAAGGAGACAGUGGAGAGAGAGUCACUGGUUGGACUGGGAGAGAGAGACAGUGGAGAGAGAGUCACUGGUCGGACUGGGAGAAGGAGACAGUGGAGAGAGAUACUGGUCGGACUGGGAGAUGGAGACAGUGGAGAGAGUCACUGGUCGGACUGGGAGAAGGAGACAGUGGAGAGAGACACUGGUCGGACUGGGAGAGGGAGACAGUGGAGAGAGAGUCACUGGUCGGACUGGGAGAGGGAGACAGUGGAGAGAGAGUCACUGGUCGGACUGGGAGAAGGAGACAGUGGAGAGAGAUACUGGUCGGACUGGGAGAAGGAGACAGUGGAGAGAGAGUCACUGGUCGGACUGGGAGAAGGAGACAGUGGAGAGAGUCACUGGUCGGACUGGGAGAGGGAGACAGUGGAGAGAGAGUCACUGGUCGGACUGGGAGAAGGAGACAGUGGAGAGAGAUACUGGUCGGACUGGGAGAUGGAGACAGUGGAGAGAGAUACUGGUCGGACUGGGAGAAGGAGACAGUGGAGAGAGAUACUGGUCGGACUGGGAGAAGGAGACAGUGGAGAGAGACACUGGUCGGACUGGGAGAAGGAGACAGUGGAGAGAGAUACUGGUCGGACUGGGAGAGGGAGACAGUGGAGAGAGACACUGGUCGGACUGGGAGAGGGAGACAGUGGAGAGAGACACUGGUCGGACUGGGAGAGGGACACAGUGGAGAGAGAGUCACUGGUCGGACUGGGAGAGGGAGACAGUGGAGAGAGUCACUGGUCGGACUGGGAGAGGGAGACAGUGGAGAGCGUCACUGGUCGGACUGGGAGAAGGAGACAGUGGAGAGAGAGUCACUGGUCGGACUGGGAGAGGGAGACAGUGGAGAGAGAGUCACUGGUCGGACUGGGAGAGGUAGACAGCGGAGAGAGUCACUGGUUGGACUGGGAGAGGGAGACAGUGGAGAGAGAGUCACUGGUUGGACUGGGAGAGGGAGACAGUGGAGAGAGUCACUGGUCGGACUGGGAGAGGGAGACAGUGGAGAGAGAGUCACUGGUCGGACUGGGAGAAGGAGACAGUGGAGAGAGUCACUGGUCGGACUGGGAGAGGGAGACAGUGGAGAGAGUCACUGGUCGGACUGGGAGAGGGAGACAGUGGAGAGAGAGUCACUGGUCGGACUGGGAGAGGGAGACAGUGGAGAGAGAGUCACUGGUCGGACUGGGAGAGGGAGACAGUGGAGAGAGUCACUGGUCGGACUGGGAGAGGGAGACAGUGGAGAGAGAGUCACUGGUCGGACUGGGAGAGGGAGACAGUGGAGAGAGAGUCACUGGUCGGACUGGGAGAGGGGAGACAGUGGAGAGAGAGUCACUGGUCGGACUGGGAAAGGGAGACGUGGAGAGAGUCACUGGUCGGACUGGGAGAGGGAGACAGUGGAGAGAGAGUCACUGGUCGGACUGGGAGAGGGAGACAGUGGAGAGAGUCACUGGUCGGACUGGGAAAGGGAGACAGUGGAGAGAGUCACUGGUCGGACUGGGAGAGGGAGACAGUGGAGAGAGUCACUGGUUGGACUGGGAGAGGGAGACAGUGGAGAGAGAGUCACUGGUCGGACUGGGAGAGGGAGACAGCGGAGAGAGUCACUGGUUGGACUGGGAGAGGGAGACAGUGGAGAGAGAGUCACUGGUUGGACUGGGAGAGGGAGACAGUGGAGAGAGUCACUGGUCGGACUGGGAGAGGGAGACAGUGGAGAGAGAGUCACUGGUCGGACUGGGAGAAGGAGACAGUGGAGAGAGUCACUGGUCGGACUGGGAGAGGGAGACAGUGGAGAGAGUCACUGGUGCUGGGAGGGGGUGUAUCUGGCUGUGGGACUGGGGGCUGCAGACAGAGGGUCCUGGAGAUAGUGUCUGCAGGGUCUAA